UACGCUUUUAUUCUCAAACACUUUCCAACCCUAUAAUAGCUCCGUAGCCUCACAUUCACUCUGGUCACUUACUACCUCUCCUAGCGAUUUGCUUUGCACUUUACAAAGGACCUAAACCGUCAUCCAAUCGAUCGAAAGAAUACACGAUACGCAUCAACCAUGGGUUUCCUCAAGAAGAAAGAGGACGAUGACUCCGCUGCCCGCUCCGCGCUCUUCGGCAGUCGCUCCAAGAAGGAUAAAGCGCCGCCAGCCUCAAACCCUUACUCUGUUCCUCCCACAGGCGGCGAUCCCUACAUGAGCCGGGCCUCAAAUCCUCCCCCACCGCCAUAUCAAAGUGGAAAUGAUGGAUUUGAUGCGAGAGAUAAUAAGAGUGCUUCGGUGACGGGCCCGGGACAGCCUUAUGGUGGCAGUCGCGUCGGUGCUGGGGGUUACGGCGCUGGAGGAGGCAGUUAUGGAGCUGGAGGCGGGUAUGGAGCAGAUAGGUUUGGCGGUGCAGAUCAAGGUCCGAGAAGACCUGGGGGCUAUGGCGGUCUCGGCCGUUCAGACUCAAAUGACACCGUGUCUAUAGAUGCUGGCCGCAACGAGCUCUUCGGAAAUGCCCCUCAGCGAGUCCAGCAGCGCCAACCACAAAGCGGUGCAUAUGGGCAGAGCGGAGCAUAUGGCUCUGGUGCCCGCGGUGCGUAUGGGGCCCCUGGGGGGGAUCAGGGCGGCUAUGGAUCGUAUGCUGAUCGACAGUUGACAGCCGAGGAGCAGGAGGAGGAAGAUGUCAACGCUACUAAACAGGAGAUUCGUUUUCUCAAGCAGCAGGAUGUGUCAUCUACGAGAAACGCUCUGCGGUUAGCCCAGCAAGCCGAGGAAACAGGACGGGAUACACUUGCCAGGUUGGGUGCACAGGGCGAACGUAUUCAUAAUACAGAGAGAAAUUUGGAUCUGGCUUCUAGUCAGAACAGAAUCGCUGAAGAAAAGGCUAGGGAGCUCAAAACUCUCAACAAAAGCAUGUUCGCAGUACAUGUAGGGAACCCUUUCACGUCUACCUCCCGCCGUGAAGCUCGGGACCAACAGAUCAUGGAAACCCACAGGCAAGAACGCGAACAGCGAGAUGCUACUCGAAAGCAAGCUUGGGAAUCCCAAUCCCGGCAACAGGCCUUCCAACAGGGUGUAAAGAGUGCGGGAGGCCCAGGCCAAAAGUCCACGCUCGCUGAUCGAGCCAAGUACCAAUUUGAGGCUGAUUCAGAAGAUGAUGAGAUGGAAAAUGAGAUCGACUCCAAUUUGGAUGCACUUCAUGGAGCUGCCAAAAGACUCAAUUUACUUGGUCGUGCCAUGGGAGAGGAGGUUGACACCCAAAACAAGCAUAUUGACCGCAUUAUUGGCAAGACAGACAAAGUCGAUGACCAGAUUGCCAUGAAUCGUGCGAGAUUAGAUAGGAUCCACUAGAUGCGCUCUCCACGCCUAGCGAACCAGCCCUCUUACGAAAUGUUUAUUUGGAAGAGAGGGUAUGGGCAGUGCAUAUGGUAUGGAACCAUUUCUUCGAUGGUCAGCUUCAGCUGUUUUCCGUGCGUCUAAAAGUUGACGCUGCUGCAAAUGUGUUCGGAAUGGUUUGUGAGGACUAUCUGCUUUUUGGUGGCAUAGAACAUGAAAGCUACAAAAAAAAUUGUUUAGGAAUGUACGCUUCUGCCACUAGAUAUUAUUGUUGAGUAACUUGAUCUGGAUAAUGUUCUAUUUUCUCUUAGCAACAGGGAUGGGGAAUGAAUAUUCUGCUCUCUAUGGAUGAUCUGAGUUAUAAUGGAGGCUAUGAUUGUUGAGGGGCUUUCUAGGGAGGCCUCACUUCUAAC